GAAGUCCUACCGGUGUUCUAGUGGUUGUGGAGACAAUGAAUUGGGAGCGGGCGGGUCUGUCCAUGUAAAACAGGAGCUGUGCCUUGUCCUGCUGGCUGUCAGACAUGGCAGGAAAACAUACAUGGAAAUCCUAUUACGGGAUCAAAUUCUCCCUGUCCUUCUAUUCCACCCUCUUCUCGCUCAUAGGCCUCGUGAUCCUAUGCAUUGGCAUUUAUGCAGAGAGCGAAAGAAGGAAACACCAAACCUUGGAAGGCAUUUUCCUGGCACCGGCUAUCAUCUUGGUACUCCUGGGCUUUCUGAUGUUUGUAGUCUCAUUUAUUGGGAUGGUUGGAUCCUUGAGAGAUAACUUGUUACUCAUAAAAAUUUUCUUCUAUGUGCUUGUCGCCAUUUUCAUCAUUGAACUUCUGUUGCUUGUCAUCGAACUGGUGUUUGAAGAUCAGUUCAAAAAGUUUGCACAUGCAAAUGUUCUUGUGGGAAUGCAGCAGUACUACGAUGAUUUGGAUUUUAAGAAUAUUAUGGAUUUUGUGCAGGAAAAGUUCUCCUGUUGUGGAGGUGAUGAGUUCAAAGACUGGAUGGUGAAUCAGUAUCACUCCUGUAAUAGCACAGGACCCCUCUCCUGCGGAGUGCCCUAUACAUGCUGCAUAACUGGAACGGAAGAUGUAGGUGUGAAGAACACAUUGUGCGGGUACCAGACGCUCAAUAAAGAGAGACUGGAUGUUAUUCACAUUAUCCAUGUGCGGGGCUGUAUCCAUGCUGUUGGCUUGUGGCUAAAUGAUAACUGUGGAAUAACAUUUGCCAUAGUGUUCAGUUUUCUGACUCCACAGGCUCUGGGUAUAUUGUUAUCUUAUUUUUUCUGGAGAAGACUCAAAGAGAUUUGCCAUUCCUAUGAUGAGGUGGAUUUCAGAAGUUUGAAAGGAAGAGAUAUCAAAUUCAAGGAGCUGGACCUGAGUGGUGCUGGCUGCUGUUACUGUCUACCCAGGGAAGAAGGUUACAUCCCAAUCAACAUGGAAAGUGAUGACGAGAAGUUUACUUAACAGCAUAUUGAUGGGACUAAUCCUGUGUUUUUAAGAUGUCUGCAUGGGCACCACAUGGACCCCACCAUGGAGCAUUUUUGCCCGGUGUAGGUGCUGAUUUCUAGGGUAACAAAGCAGAGUGUGCAGGGAUAAACCGAACUGUUAAUUUUCAUGCAAAAACACCUACUCCCUUAAGCUAUGUUGCAAAAUGCAUGGAUGAGACUUUUUUUUUUAUACCAAAUUUUUUUAUUCUGAUCUAAUUUUGUUUUCAGGCAUAUUAACAGCUAUGCAGACAAACUGUACGUAGGUGUAUGUAAAAGGUACAAUAAAAAUAAAUGUUUGAUGAACUAUCCAACUGCGAGUUGCAUGUUUACCUGACGUACAAUAAUAAUAAUGUUUACCUAUCAUACCAAUAUGGCUGAUGCUGUGAGUUCUAUUCUAUGCAGCUUACUGAUUGAACUAGGUUUCGGCCAUGUAAUCACGGGUGAAUGGGUAGCUAGAGACUAUCCAGAGCAACUCCAAGCCAUUGCUGUUGGAGAAGCAAAAAGUUUACAUUUUCUGGAAAAAAAAGUUUAGCCUUUAUUGAAGGUGUUUUGUAAAACUGAUUAAUUUAAAGGUAAUUGUGAGUCUAUUUUUUGUUUUCUUUUGUCAGGGAUUAGUCUUGCAACAUAAAGCAAUCGAACAUUUUAAGUUUUUAAUUUAGGACGCACAUUUUUUGUAGUAACCAAUAGUUGCUAACUUGCAUAAAUGUU